AUGACUGUCAGUGAAAAGUCAGUUCAGACAACUGACGAUAAUAAUGAAAAAGAAGAUAGCAUCGGUUUAAAAACAUUUAAAUUGUUAGCCACGAUACCAACUUAUGCUGGUGUAAAAACAUUUUCUAGUGAAACGAAUGGUGAUAAUCCUUCCGUACUUUCUAUUCAGGUUAUUUUAAGCCAACGAGACUUGAAAAGAAAACUCAAGAGAUUGAUCGUUAAACAAUUAGUUGUAUCAUUACCAACUAAAGGAAGUUCAGAUACAGUAGCGAAAGUUAUAACUUCAUCAUUUUUACCUAUAGAUUUAGGUGAUGUAGUUUUACAAGCUGAAUCGCCAAGUGGAAAUAAAUUAUUAAUAUUAAGAUGUGUUUCAAAUGAUAAAGGAAAAAAAAGUUUUGUUGAGAUUUGGGAUAAGGGAAAUUUGAAACAAUCUAUCGAUGUAACUGAUAGUCACGGAGAUUUUUAUUCCGAUGGAACUUUUGGAAGCUUGAAAUGGGCUAAAAAUGAAGAAAAGGCCGUUUAUAUUGCUGAACGAAAGGCGUUGGACGAAAAAGAUGAAAAAAAAUGUGAUUUCGUUCCCGGAUGGGGAGAAAAAUUUGUUAAUAAACGCGUAUCCGUUAUUGUUAUUGUGAACGUGUUGGAAAGUAAAGUAGAGGUUCUGCCUGAAUUUGAAAAAAUUGUUCCCGGACAGGUAUUUUUUGGCCCGGGAGACAAGACACUUAUCUUUAAUGGAUAUAACAGAGAACCGCGUUAUUAUGGAAUUUAUGCUUGUAUCAACAGAUUGGUUGGAAUAUAUCAAACUAAACUUGAUGGAACUGAUUUAGUUCAUUUGACUGAGCAAUUAGAGCAUGCUCGUUCUCCAAGACUUGCUCCUUCCGAGAAAGUUUUGACUUAUUAUUCUAAUCCAAUUAGUGGACCACAUAGUUAUUGUUCUGAGCUUCGUGAGUACAAUUUCUCAACCAACACACAUCGUGUUGUAGUUCCGAUUGUUCAUACUCCAUCUGAUUCAUUUCAAAAUGGGUUUCCUGGUAUUUAUAAUGAUCAAAUGGCACGAAAGUCAUUUAUUACCUUUGACGAUAAAGAAUUUUUGAUAAUACAAAGUUGUUGGAGAAGUAGAGGAGUUGUAUUAGCAAUAAAUUUGGAUACAGGAAAAGUUCAGGAUCUUACUUCAACCGGAAGUUGGUCAUUAUUUAUUGCAUGCAAUAAUUACAUUAUUGCAUCAAGAGGAGCCCCCAAUGAUUUUCCUGAAUUAUAUAUAGGUAUUGUAACAGGAUAUCAAAAUGAUACAUUAAAAGUUGAUUGGACUUGUAUAGAUAAACCAAAUAUUGAAGAAGUUGAACCAAUUUUAUCAAAAAUUACCUGGUCAAUCAUUCAACCAAUUCCUGACAAUAAAAAUUUAGAGGUUAUUUACGUAAAGCCUAAUGAAACUUCUGAAAAUAAAAAGCCACCUUUAAUAGUAUGUCCACAUGGUGGACCUCAUGGUGUGAUUACGGCAGAUAUUAGCUUAUCUAUUACAACUUUAAUUUCAUUAGGUUAUGUUGUUGCAAUAGUUAAUUAUACUGGAAGUACUGGAUUUGGACAAGAUUCCAUUGAUGCGUUAAUUGGCAAAGCUGGUGAUCUUGAAGUUAAGGAAGUGCAGGCUUCCGCACAAUAUUUUAUUGAUAACGGGCUUGUAGAUCCAAAUAAAGUAAUUGUAAUGGGUGGAAGUCAUGGUGGAUUUAUUUCGGCACAUUUGAUUGGGAAAUAUCCAGAUUUUUAUAAAGCUUGUGUAAUGAAAAAUCCUGUAUUAAAUAUUGGAGGUAUGGCGACUAUUACAGAUAUUCCGGAUUGGUGUUUUUCAGAAAUUGGCUUGCCUUAUUCACUUACAAAUCCGCCAAUAGUUAAACCUUCAGAUUAUAAAUUGAUGUAUGAAAAUUCUCCGAUUAAUAACAUAGAUAAAGUUAAAACACCAACUUUAUUAAUGUUGGGAUCUGAAGAUAAAAGAGUACCACACAAUGAUGGAUUAAAUUGGUAUUACUAUUUAAAAGGCAAAGGUGAUGUUGAAAUUCUUUGUAAGAUAUAUAAAGAAACUGGUCAUGCUUUGGAUAGUGUUGAUGCCGAAAUUUUUGGUACUGAUAUUGUUAUUAAAUUUCUGGAAGAGAAAAUUGGAAAAUUGGAGUAG